AAAUGAACCAGCUCAGAAAAUCAUAAUGCCAGUCACAAAGCUUCCAGUGGUUCACAAGUUUGGAAUUAUUUCCAGCAGUCAAAGGGUUGAACUUCAAGAGAGACUACUGAAACAAACUCUUUUAUCUAAUACUGAGAAUAAAAAUGCUAUUCAAACUCAUAGAAAUCCUUUGGAAGUUACAGAGGAAUUUAUUGAACUUUUCAAUAGUGCAGAAAAUUACCUGACAAAAGAAAAAUAUGAAGAUCAAGCAAGAAAGUUAUUAGAAAGAUCCAAGAGACGCUCUGGUCUUAAAAACUUUGGACGUGGGUCCCAUGUUAACCUUCCACUAGCAUGGACAGAGAUGGCUCAACUAUCUCAAUGCAAGGGGAGAAUACAAGAAGAAUGCUUAGAUGUACUUGUGGUAUCACUGGAUGUAUCACCUUUAGAAAAAUACCACAUCCCUGCUCUGUUUUUCCUUGCUGAGACAAUGCUGUAUUCACUGAGAACAGAAUCUGUGCAUGAGUCUUUUCUAAAAACAGUUGAAAUUAAGCUGUUGAAGAUGGGAAUGUUGGUAUUUGAAAGGUUAUUUUAUCAUCACAUGGCUGGACAACUGCAAGGAUAUGUAGAAUCUAAGAAUCGACUGAAUACUUACAUACAUGGACUGCAAGACAUUCUAGGGCUUUACAGCCCAUUCCCGAAUGCACUGCUUUCCCUGCAGUUUAUAAUUGAAGUUGGGAAGAUAAUUUUAACUGAGCAACAGUCAAAUUCAAGUAAUGGGCAAAAUGAAGGAAAAUUAAAAGAUGUACAAAAGCACAACAUAAAGGCAUUGAAUUUGGCAACAAAAGAUUUGUAUGAACGACAGAACCGUGACGACAGCCGGUCUGUUGGAAGUGGCGCCAUAAGCAGCUCUGUGCAUGAUCUUAGCCCAACUUUAUGGCAUGCCCUGGAUGUUUGGAGGUGCACCAGUGGCAUUGGUGGUGGUUUAGCAGAUGCUCUUAGAGCCUUAGCACACUGUGGGCUAGGCCUGGCAACUGAAACAUGGAUUGAUGGGGUUGUUGCCAUUCAAAUUCUUGGUGAAGCUGCCAAAAACAACAUUGCUGUCCUCAAAGUCCUUCAACAUCUAGCAAAAGGGGAGAUUAAUCCAGAUUAUCUAUUUAGUCCCCCUUUAAGUGGAAGAAGCAGUUCAACUGAGACCUCUAGCUCUUCACAAGACACCACAGAAACAGGAGAGGAGCACUCUUUUUCCAUUAUUAGUGAAGAGUUAUCUAAUUCUUCAUUGAGUGAUAUUUUUGAAAGAAGUGAAGAGGAAGAAAAAAAGUCAGCUCAUUCAUUAGACUCGGAUGAUUUUCACAAUUCACUAAAUAAGUCUGAGUCAAGCAGUGAAACAACAAAUGGAAAUGCUGAUAUUUCUUCAAAUAAAACUAAAGAAAAAUUUAAAAUUCACGAAACACAUUUACAUAGUGGUGAAGUUCAACAGAACUCAAACAAACGAAACUCACAGGGCUCACAAUUGAAGGAUCAAUCAAAGACAACACUGGAUGGUUGCCAUCUGACAAAUAUACCAAUAAACACAGUGCCAGGCAUAACAGGAUGGCAUUGGGAAGUAGCUGUAACAUACACAGAGGUCCUGGCAAACAUUGUGCUACAUGGCAGUUCCUCUGUCAUUCAAAAAUUGGCUCUUGUUGGUGACAACAAUGAUGUGGAAACUCUCCUGCAUCAAAGUCACAAAAGUUGUCUUGUUAAAUCUAUUCCAAGUGCUGGUCUUUUGGAUUUUGUGUUUUUUAAACUUGACAAUGCAAUAUCUGAUGAAGGAGCUGAGGAGUUAUGUUGGAAGGUGAGGUAUGGAGCAAUACAGGGGCUGGAAAAAAUAUGCAGAGGUCUAGCAGGUGAUAAACUCAGAGAAGGGCUGCAUUCAGCUGCGUGGAAUUUUCUGCUGAAAGCAAAUUCUCAAGAAAAAGAUGUCAGAAUUUUGGAAGCUCUAAAAAUAGAGAAGAUUGAAUUACCUAGUGUUAAGCAGCAAGACCCUAUUGUUAGAGAACAAUCUCCAACUGUUGGAAUGAGAAUAGCUUCAGGUUUAUCCAUGAUUUAUUUACCUCCCUUACCACCCCCACUGACUGCAACUCCAAUUAGAAGAGCUACACCCAAGCAAGAUAAUUUAGUAUUUGUGAAACAUGCUAACAAGGAAGAAGAAAAGAAACCCAAAAGAACAACACUUAGACAAGAGAUUGAUUUAGCAACAGCACUCUAUGAGAAAGCCCCAGAUUAUAAUACAAGAAAAAGUUAUGACCUGCGAAGAGUUGUAGAAGACCAGUGGAGAAAAGAAUUGCAAGCAAAGCUGCAAGAAGAGGAACAAGAAAAACUUAAGAUGCUGGCUGAAAAACAAAAGAAUCUUGAAGAAAAACAAAAAGCUGAUGCAAACCAUGAAAAAUCUUUGUAAAACUGAUGGACGGUAUAUUACAUUUUAGGUUAUAGAUUACAAAUCUGAUGUUAUAUGUAGUCAAAAGAAUGAAAACUACUUGAUUUAUUUUGAACAAAUAUUUUUUAAUGUAUUUUAAUGUCAGUUGAUGUAAGUAUUUUUAGAAUAAUUUGUAUUGUUCUAGUUAUUGAAAAAAAAAUGUAAAUGCUGUUUACUUUAAAUCAGUAAUGUCUACACAGUAAGCCAAUGUAAGUAUUUUUAGAAUAAUAUGUAUUGCUCCAGUUGUUGAAAAAAAUGUAAAU